AGGAAGGCCCCGGCGAAGGCGGGAGGAGGAGCAGCUCCGCUCCACAGGUCUGCCUGCUCUUAUCAACUUAUCCUGCAAGGGAAGGGAAGAGAUUGAUUCGGGCACCGAGGCCGUGACAUCCUGGCCCGGGCGAGGAGGAGCCAGGCUCACGGCUGGCGAGCCCGGCGGCCGGGUCCCCAGCAGCGAGGGGAGGAGGGGGCGGCGAAGACUUUUGCUUUCCGCAUCUGACAGCUCGGGGCACGGCGGCCGGGAGAAGACGGGACGUUUCCAGCUCGGAGGGUAGAAAAGCCCAGCCCUCCUCCUGACGGCACAUGGCAGCAGAGCGCUCGGUUUCAGCUCAGGUUAACUAGGUCCGUGCUCCCGUAGCGCCCCUCAGCACUAGAUUUGCUGGGCUACCGCAGGGAUUAAAAUGCAGCUGGCUGCUUACUUCUUUUGGGGCUGCAGUAUUUUCUUAGCUUCAGGAUACAACUCCUUUAGUAAGAGCAUGGAGACGAUGGGCAAGAAGCAGUACCAGGUCCAGCAUGGGUCAUGCAGCUAUACCUUCCUUUUGCCUGAGAUGGACAACUGCCGGUCUUCGACUUCUUAUGUGUCCAAUGCAGUGCAAAGGGAUGCACCUUUAGACUAUGAUGAUUCAGUUCAAAGACUGCAACUACUUGAAAACAUCAUGGAAAACAACACUCAGUGGCUAAUGAAGCUUGAGAAUUACAUCCAAGACAGUAUGAAGAAAGAAAUGGUAGAGAUCCAGCAAACUGCAGUGCAGAACCAGACUGCAGUAAUGAUUGAAAUAGGCACAAACUUACUAAAUCAAACAGCUGAACAGACUCGCAAAUUAACAGAUGUUGAAGCACAAGUAUUAAACCAGACAACCAGACUUGAACUUCAGCUUUUGGAACACUCUCUUUCAACAAACAAACUAGAAAGACAGAUUUCAGAUCAGACCAAUGAGAUAACUAAAUUACAAGAAAAGAACAGCUUUCUAGAAAAAAGAGUUCUUGAGAUGGAAGACAAGCACACUCUUCAGCUGAAGUCAAUAAAAGAUGAAAAAGAUCAGCUUCAGGUCCUAGUAGCCAGACAGAAUUCUAUUAUAGAAGAACUAGAAAAACAGUUAGUUACAGCUACAGUAAACAACUCAGUUUUGCAAAAACAGCAACAUGAUCUGAUGGAGACUGUUCACAACUUGCUUACUAUGAUAUCUACACCAAACUCUAAGAACAACUUCAUAGCUAAAGAGGAGCAAAUCAGCUUCAAAGACUGUGCUGAGGCUUUCAAGUCUGGACUGACAACAAGUGGAAUCUACACUUUAACAGUUCCAAACACUGUACAAGAAAAGAAGGCCUACUGUGACAUGGAAACUGGUGGAGGAGGUUGGACAGUUAUUCAGAGACGUGAAGAUGGCAGUGUGGACUUUCACCGGACAUGGAAAGAGUACAAGAUGGGAUUUGGUGAUCCUGCUGGGGAGUACUGGCUGGGAAAUGAGUUUGUUUCUCAACUGACUAAUCAGAAGCGCUAUGUUCUUAAAAUACACCUGAAAGACUGGGAAGGGAAUGAGGCAUAUUCAUUGUAUGACCACUUCUCUCUAGCAAAUGAAGAACAAAAAUACAGGAUCUACCUUAAAGGACUUACUGGGACAGCGGGCAAAAUAAGUAGUAUAAGCCAGCCAGGAAAUGAUUUUAGCACAAAGGAUGCAGACAAUGACAAAUGUAUUUGCAAAUGUUCACAAAUGCUAACAGGAGGGUGGUGGUUUGAUGCAUGUGGACCUUCUAACCUCAACGGAAUGUAUUAUCCAUUACGACAGAACAACAACAAGUUCAAUGGUAUCAAAUGGUACUACUGGAAGGGCUCGGGAUACUCUCUCAAAGCCACAACUAUGAUGAUUCGACCAGCAGAUUUCUAAAUGUUUUUGUAUUAUGUGAAUUAUGUAUUGUAUAGCCUUCAAAGACUUCAUUUUCCAAGCAUAUAAACACACAUCUGCAACUUGUCUCAUUUUCAAGCACAGAAAACAUGCACUAGUGUUCUGAAGGGAUAGGUUCAGUACAAUUCCUGAAUUGCAACAGCCUUGAUCAGCUAAAGCUCAUGUUAUUCAACCAGACACAAAGUCUAAAGUAUCAAUCUGAUAUAACAGUGAUUUGGCCAAACAACUGAAUAAAAAGAACAUCCAAGAAACCAUCAGACAACUUAAGGACACUGUUUUACUGGCCAUUUAUGUUAUGUAUGUGUUUGUUAGUAAAUAACUGGAACUGUGAAAAAUACCUAAAAUAGUUUUAGAAAUACGCGUUUUGGCUCAUCACUGAACUUUAAACAUUACUCUAAUAUAAAACACUUAACUAGAUCUAGAACUAUUUAUCUCCCUGUGUCAUGUUUGCCUUUUAUGUACAUAAAAACCCGUGUCCUGUAAUUAGCUGAAUACUGUACUUAAAGAAUACAUUCUGUCUCCCCAUAGCCUCCUAAACAACUUCUUAUACUUAUUCAGGGCUUUUUCUAAUAGCCUGUAUUACCUUAUUUAACAGAGGACAAGUAGCAUUAAAUUCCUUUGCAUUUAUUCUUGGGAAAUACUGUGUACAAAAGUCACAAUUUUUUUUUCAAUUUGUAGUUAUUACAGUCACUAUCUUAACUACAAAAAUCCCUGCGAAUUACAGCAUCUUAUGCAUACCUUUAGAUUUUUAUGAAGAUUGCACUUUUUUCCUUCAUCAUUUAACUGUAAAAUAACUUAUCAGUAUUUUAUAAACCAAUAUAAUGGCAUUAACACCAGAUGUCCGAUUGUGUGUGACAAUCAUUUAUCACCUGGUGCUGUAGUACAUCUAUACAUUUUGUAAUGAUAACCUAACUGAAAAACAUAUGCAUGUUCUUUGAUACAAUUAAAUUUAUGCUCAUGA